AAUUAUCGCAAUGCAGCACCUAAAACCUCCUCUUUGUUUCCCUUCCGCUCCCGCACAAAAUCCCAAACCCCUCGACGACGGCGAAGUAACGGGAGCUCGCUGGAGAAGACUUUAACGGGGCAAGCGGCGUGGGAAGGAGAAGAGGAGUUCGUGAGACGCGGCGUGGGUAGAGUUUGGACGGUCGCUAAAAGGAUCUUCGCCUCCUUUGACGAAGUAUCCGUUCGUGUCGGAAGUCACGAGAGAUAGACAUCGUUCUUCCUUCGACUCCUUCGAAGAUGACGGGAGCUCGCUCUCUGUGAAGAUUCAGAAAUUGAUUGCUCCGAUCGGAAUUCAACCGGUCUACUAGUCUGCUCACAGCAAUAUCACAGCAUGGGAGGUUCUAGAGUUCAAGUGAACAAGGCUCAUAAGAGUCGCUUCGCCUCCAAGUCCUCACGGCAGGCGCACAGGAUCCCCGUCAUUGAUAAUGGCAAAAUUGCUAAAUCCAACAAGAAUGCCAUGAAGGGCGCUCGUGCUAUUCGGAUCCAGCGCACAAAGAUGCUUCGUGAUCAGAAGAGAGCUACUUUAUUGAAAGAUAAAAGAGCCUUAAGUGGACCAUCUAGUUCUCCACGUAUUAUUGUUCUUUGUGGACUUUCCUCAGCUGUGAACCUGGAUAUGCUUGCAAAGGAACUUUUUAUGUUAUUAUCUGGAGAAGAAUCAGGGGCCAUUUCAGCAACAGUGGCUUCGCAAACUUAUAAACUUAGAACCACGGUUCUGAUUGCUCCAUAUGGCGACUUGGUAUCAUGCAUGGAGAUGGCAAAGGUUGCGGAUUUAAUUGCUUUUGUAGUAUCAGUCAACUCCUUAAAUGAUGGCUGUGAAACUGGCUUCAUUGAUUCCUUUGGAAUACAGUGCCUUUCUGUUUUCAGAGCCAUUGGCUUGCCCAGUACCACUGUCCUAAUUCGGGAUCUUCCUGUUGGUAUGAGAGAGAAACAAAAUGUGAAGAAGAAUGCCAUUUCAUGUCUUGGUUCUGAGUUGCCUGAAGAUUGUCGUUUUUAUCCAGCAGAUACGAAGGAAGAAUUGCACAAGUUCAUGUGGCUUUUCAAGGAUCAACACCUUUCUGCUCCACAUUGGCGAAGCCAUCGGCCUUACCUUGUGUCCCAGGAGGUUGGUCUGGAGCUUGACAAUAACAAACCUGGUAAAUGCACUUUACUUCUAUCUGGCUAUGUGAGAGCUCAUAAUCUUUCAGUGAACCAGCUUGUUCAUGUUUCCGGUGCAGGGGAUUUUCAGUUAGAAAAGAUUGAUGUGCUCAAGGAUCCAAUGCCUUUGAAUGAAAGAAAAGGUUUUAAUUCAAUGGACUCGGAUAAUCCAAAUUGCAUACAGGUUGUUGUCACAUUAAUGCCUGAUGCCUUAAAGCAAGAACCGCUGGUUGUUGAGAAUAUACCAGACCCUCUUGCUGGGGAGCAGACUUGGCCAACAGAAGCAGAUAUGGAGGAAGCUAAUGCAAAUAAUAAAAAACGAAAGUUACAAAGAAAGAAACUUCCACCAGGAACCUCAGAUUAUCAGGCUGCGUGGAUUGUUGAAGAUUCUGAUGAUGAUGUUGCUGAUGGUAGUGUUGAGGAAGGUGAUGGUAUGGUUUUGGAUGGGCACAACAAUAAUUUUACACGAGAAGAAUCCAAUCAAUCAGAGAGUGAAAGUGUUUAUAAUAUGGAAAAUUUUGAUGAAGAAACUGAGGCAGACACUGACAUGGCUGAUGAUGCGAAUUUGACAACGGAACAAAUAGAAGCUGAGAUAAAGAAACUUAAAGAUGCAAGUGGUUUGGAUGAAGAGUUUCCAGAUGAAGUGGAUACUCCAUUAGAUAUUCCAGCAAAAAAACGUUUUGCAAAGUAUAGAGGUCUGAAGUCCUUUAGGACGUCUUCGUGGGAUCCUCAAGAAUCUUUGCCACAAGAAUAUGGAAGGAUAUUUAAUUUUGAUAAUUUUACCAAAACCCAAAAUCAUGUCCUUGCUAAAGCUCUAAAGAUUGAUCAAGGAGAUGUGGAUAGUUCCGUACAAGCUGGUUCAUAUGUGAGACUUCAUGUGAAGGAUGUUGCUGUUGAUUUAGCAUCUAAAAUAUGUAACUUGUCCCAAAAGUUUCCGAUGGUAGCUUGUGGCCUUCUACAGCAUGAGUCUAAAAUGUCUGUCCUUCACUUCAGCAUAAAGAAACAUGAUUCCUAUGAUGUUCCUCUCAAAUCCAAGGAAAACUUCACUUUCCAUGUUGGAUUUCGCCAAUUUGUUGCUAGUCCGGUGUUUUCUUCUGAUAAUAUCAAUUCAGAUAAGCACAAAAUGGAGAGAUUUUUGCUCCCAGGCAGUUUUUCAAUUGCCUCCAUUUAUGCGCCCAUCAGUUUCCCUCCAAUGCCCUUAGUCGUCUUGAAGAACAAGCAUGGAGAUGUACCUGCAGUUGCUGCUGUGGGUUCGUUAAGAAGUGUUGAUCCUUACAGGAUAAUACUAAAGAAAAUUAUUUUAACUGGCUAUCCCCUGAGGGUUUCAAAGAAGAAAGCUACUGUGCGAUAUAUGUUUCACAACCCUGAGGAUGUUAGAUGGUUCAAGCCGGUGGAGUUGUACACUAAAUGUGGUCGCCGAGGCUUAAUAAAGGAUUCUGUUGGAACUCAUGGUGCUAUGAAAUGCGUCUUCAAUGGUGUUAUUCAGCAGCACGAUACUGUCUGCAUGAGCUUGUAUAAGCGUGCAUACCCAAAAUGGCCUGAGCAGCUAUUUCCAUUACAGUAAAUUCUUCCCAAACUGGGAAAUCAUUCCUGCUUCAAAUGAGCUAGCUAUAUUUAUUACCUCGUCCACUGUCAAUUCCUGCAGUGGAUUUUUGUAGCACAUACCUUAGCUGUGAAUUGUAAGAGAAUUUUGACCGUUCGAGUUGCCUUUUGCCAGAGUAUUUAUAAAUGAUCGUUUGAUUCAUUAUUGUACCUUAUACAUAAUCUUUUGAUAAUCUGAUUAUGCUGUGCAAGUUGAAUA